AUGUAGUAUGAUAAGGGUAAUAAAUUGUUAUAUACUUUAUUUAGGAUUUGCAUUAGCGGAUAUAAAUCAAUUUCUAGAAGCAAUUAAACGUUUUAAAGAAGAUUUACGAUAUGAUUUAGCAUAGAUUGGCAAGGGUAAAUUAUUUUUAUUGUAAAUAUUAGGUAGUGCAUUAACCAAAUUAGAGCAAUAUCAAGAUGCAAUUAAUUGUUACACUGAAGCUAUUUCUAUUAAUCAUAAAUUUGAUACUGCAUGGAGUGGCAAAGGUAAUUCAAUGUUCAAUUUAAAAAUAGGAUAAGCAUUAGGCAGUUUGUAUCAAUAAAAUGAAGAAAUUGAAUGUUUCAAUUAAGCCAUUUCUAUUAACCCGAAAUAUGCGGAAUUACUUUUAUUUUGCUGCAUAGGAAAUGGGUAUUGGUCAGAAUCCUUAUAUAAAAAGCUAACUAUUAAAGUUAUGAAGCAUUAUCAUCUUCAUAAAUAAAGGAUUUAAUAAUAUUGUGUAAUUAAAUUUCCAAAAAAAAGUGAUUUACUUAAAUUAAUCACUUCUAAUAUUGAUCUUGCUAUUGCUAUUGGGCAAUUAAGAAUUCUUGCAGUAAUAAAUAAUUAACAUUUAGGUUUUGAAUUUAGUUUUUUGA